AGACACGGCCGGUGUUUAGCAGCAACUCGAAAUCCUCCCUUGGAGUUGUAUGCUGGUGAACGCGCCAGCACCCUCUUGAUGUCUCCUCUUUCGUCUCUUAGUUCCAAAUCUUUGCCGGGAACAACAGGCUACUAUACCGCUCUCGCUGUUCCACGUUGCCUCUGCUGAAACAGCUAGAAAUCAUCGGACUGGAACUCUCAAUUCUACCUUUGUUAAUCCAGCGUUACUCCACUAGUUCGAUGGACGGAAUUCAACCAAACACCUCUAGAAAUGAAGCUGGCCCCUUUUCUGUACCAUCGCUUGCAUUGAACGACAUAACUUUACCACUUGCAUCUGCUGUACCACAUAUUUCGAUACCUCGUCUAUCUCUUGGUCCAAAACCAAGCAAGCCUAAGCUUCGAAGACCCUCAACCGCAUCCUCGGCAGAGGACAAAUCUAUAUUACUACCUACAUCCUUUGUAUGUGAUCAAUUGUCUGUGGGAACGUCUUCGGACCAUUACAGGACGCCCUCGCCUGAGGGAGAAUCAACAUCUGUUAACGAGAAGCCAUCAAUAGAGGAAGUCAACAGGCGUGCGCAUGCCGCUGUAGCAGGGCUACGGGCAGAAGCCUCACGUCUUGCCAGUGCAGGCGAGCAUUGCUUUGCAAGAUUCCAGCUGAAGUGCAAUCUGACCAGUUAUAUCAUUUGUUGUGUAGUCGAUGUUCUUCCUUCACCUUUUGAUUCAUCUCCGUCGGAUGAACAGGUACCUCAGGGCAACACAGGUCACGAAAGGACAGAUGAACAGGUUGAUUAUGAUUGGGCGACUUUCAUUAAUGCGUAUGCACUUGGUCGAUGGGAUCCUCUCAGGACGCCACAGCCACCCCGGUCACACCUACAUGCAUCGCUGCCACCUUCUCGAUCUGUCCUCCACAGUAUUGUUAUCGAAAUUCCGGAGUCUUCAGAGCCAAUCUUCGAAUCACCGGUAACGAGUUUGGGGGAAUCGUGCUUGCGCGAGGAGACAUCCUCCGGAGUUCCCAGUGACUAUGAAGACGUGACUCGCGAUUCUGUAGAAGGAUUCACUCGGUCUGCACCACCGGCAUAUCACUUACCUCCCAUCCUUGCUUCGUCGACAACUAAAGCAUCAACCUCCACACUUCCAGACGGAGGUAUCUCGAAGCUAUCGGAUCGGCGCCCGCAUAUACUCCCAAUGAAUCUGGGUCCCUUCGCACAUCGCAUACGGAACUCAUGGGCUGAUAUACGGUCAUCGUCAAAUUCGGGAUCGAGCUCUUCUGGUGAAGUUCGGCUGCCCAAUGUGUCCAAUGCCGACGUUGCUACAUCGGCGGCUGCAAUUCGUUGGGCAGGUGCGCGGGUCUCUGUAGCACCCUUGGCGUUGCCUUCACCCGAGCAUGAACUGACAGAUCCAAUGCGUGGCGUCACUGCAACCAUUCCUGGCUCACAUCCGCCCGAUAUGUACGCACGACCAGAACCUCUGCCAUUGCAGUCACCGACAGGAGUGCGAAAGACUCGCUUGAGUAGUUUCUGGCAAGGGACGCAAGACGUGGAGGACAAACUGCCCACGAUACAGGCGAGUCCUGAUGAUUCUGCCUCGCAGUCAUCAUCAGAGCAAAGCAAGUCUUCGAGUCCGCCAUCCUCGAUUCCCUUCAUUGGUCCAUCUGUGGCACCUGCCACUGCACCCAUUCGCGGCUUCCCCGAGACCGAAGAUGAUGACUACUUUGGAAGUGUAGAUGGUCACAGGGCCGAGAGUGCUUCAUCCGUCACAAGCGAUCAACCAAGCUUCGGAAGCUCGAGCGCAAUACGACCAGACAUAGAUCUGAUGCGCCAGUCAUCCGCUCCACCCUUCGACGCUGAGCCGUCGACUGUCCCUGCUCUUUCUCGGCGGAUCUGUCUAACGCGACAAACUUCUGCUCCUGUGACUUCGCCUGCUCUAUACGAGCGACGCUUGCGGUUGACCCGGCCAGCAUCAGAUGGCUCUAUCGGGAUUCUACAAGGACGUGCUGCGAAGGAGGAGCAAAUGUACAAUGAGCUCGGAUACCUCGCUCCACCGAAUCCGCCAGAUGAGCUUGAACGCCGAAGGGCUCUAUACAAAUUCAACAUCUGGAAUACGGGCCACGACAUGAACUUCGAUCGGAUAGCACACCUUGUAAAACUGGUGUUCAGCACCCGAAUAGUGGUGAUUGCCCUUGUUGACGGCAAUGACGUCUUCUUCAAAUCUGAAUCUGGCCUUGGCAUGCAAAAUUUACCAAGAACUAGUUCAUUCGACGCCCAUACUAUCCUCCAAAGGGAUGAGGAGCCGACAGUAGUCCUAGAUGCACAGGAUGACUGGCGAUUUGCAAAGAAUCCCCUUACAAUUGGCGCACCUCACAUCAGAUUCUAUGCUGGUUGUCCACUGAGGACUCAGGAUGGGUUCAACAUUGGCACUCUUUCGAUUAUGGAUGAUACCCCCCGGCGCGAGUUUAGUCCCCGGCAACGGCAUACCCUGAAGGAGUUCGCGCAAGUAGCCAUGCGCGAGCUGGAGUUGUGGCGCGAUAAGAUCCAACUGCGUAUCAGGGAUAGGAUUCAGACUUCGAUGGAGCAGUUCACUCGCGAAUGUCUCGAAGUGGAUAAGGAUUCCAAAGGUGAAAAGAGUCAUGGUCUAUUCGUUGGAACAUCCAUGGAGCAGAUAUAUGAGCGUGCAGCAAGACUUGUGCAUCGAACGUUAGACCUCGAAGGUGCUGUUGUUAUGGACGUUUCACAUGUUGACGUGUUGGAGACUUUUGGAGCGGAAAGUUCAACCUCGAUCAGUAUACAUCAUGCCGAUCCGCAACUGGGGACUAUAACGAGGUCACUCUGUCAGGACGAACAUGCCAAACUACACGAAUUUUUUGCGAGACAUCCUGAUGGCAAGAUUUCGGAGGGUGUUGUUCCUGUUGGUUUGCGACCAUUUUUACCCUCGCGAAUCCAGUACGCUCUCACUGUGCCGAUCUUCAACAUCGACAAGCGUCCAUUCGCUGUGCUCUGCGCCUACAGCACCGGGGAACGUACCACGCCAUUCUUGGAGGGACACGAACUGUCGUAUCUUAGAGCGAUCGGGGUCAUCAUUCUUUCGGCUGUUCUCAAGCGUCGCAUGAUUCUGGCAGAUAAAGCCAAGAGCUUGUUCAUCUCAAAUAUCUCUCAUGAACUUCGAACACCUUUGCACGGGAUUCUCGCUUCUGCCGAGCUACUCUCCGAGACGCAACUAGACCAUAGUCAAGCGUCCUUCCUGCAAACUGUACAAGCGUGUGGUACUUCCUUAGUAGAAACCGUCAAUCAUGUUCUGGAUUUCACAAAGCUCAGUGGGAAUGCCAAAUCUGGCGGCGUUGAGAACAUUAUUCAUCGCAGCAAGGUCGAUAUAAUGCAACUGGUGGAAGAAGCAACCGAAGGAUGCUGGAUCGGGCACCGUGCAAGAAUGUUCACGUCUGAAAUCGGUAGCGUGUAUUCGCCACCUGACCGACAACCGUAUCAACCAGCCGCAGCGCAACCUACUGAAACUCCCAAGCAUGUCGAAACUGUCAUUGAUAUUGGUCACAAUAAAGAAGGAUGGAUAUACAAAUGCGAGAAAGGUGGCAUUCGCCGAGUUCUCAUGAAUCUCUUCGGGAAUAGUUUGAAGUUUACUUCGGAUGGUUACGUCCAUGUUAUGUUGCGGAAACUUCCACCGGGCUCUGAUCACAACACAGCUAACACUGUCAAGCUUGAGCUUUCAGUCAUUGACACUGGCAAGGGGAUCAGCCAGAACUUCCUGAAGAACCAACUGUUCCACCCAUUCUCCCAGGAAAACCCGCUGCAGACGGGUACCGGACUAGGCCUUGCUAUUGUCAACAGUAUAGUUCGGUCCAGCAGUGUUGACGGCAAGGUCGAUGUUUCGAGCGUGGAGGGUGUAGGGACUGAGAUCAGGGUAACCUUUACCGCAGAGCCCGUUGAAGAUUACGAAAGCGCGAACAACGAUGGAGAACUCUUGAAGCUGUAUGACACUCUCAGGCGCCCUACAAUAUCGCUUGUGGGGUUCAAUGAGUCACAUCGAGGAGAACGUUUGCUCCAGAACGUGCUGUCGUCAUAUCUUGUUUCGAGGUGGGGCUUUUCUGUCGCGCAAGGUCUGGACCUCGGGGAUAUCGUGAUCGUAAACGAAGACCACACCAUGGUAGCUCGGGCGGUUGAGGCGAAGGACGUCCGGCGACCUUACAUCAUCUUGUCGUCUGCACGUGGAGACCCCCGCUUGAUGAGCGUCGUCGCAGAUUACGAGCACAUAGGUGGCUUCUGCCGGAUUGCAUACAAACCUGUUGGGCCAUGUCGUCUAUAUUCGGUGCUCAAGCUUUGUCUACAUGCCCUGCAUAUCGCCGAAUCUUCUCAAUUGAAGUACACAUCCGAACCCUUGUCCGCUGGCCCUCCUCAUUCGAAUGGUCACGCUGUAAGCCCGGAUAUGGGUGAGCGAAGCCCCUUCUCAAACCCGUUGCCACGUCGGUUCUCGGAAGAGUCUGGACAUCCCAAUGCCGUGUUUCCCCGUCCUAGUCUUGGUCCCCGUGCCCUCACUGCACAUCCAGCUACGAGUUGGACGCAGCUGCCCUCUCAAGAGGAGCAGGAUGACGAAGAUGCAGAUCGAGAUUACACGUCGGAUUCAGGUGCGACAUCACAGAACUCUUCAAGUCCUACAGUUGCCGUUGGUACUGGAGGUACUCUCCUUAAGUCCUCGGUCGGUACAGGGAGCGCCAAGAACGGUGUUAGGGUGUUAGUAGUGGAGGACAACGCCAUCCUUCGGAAUCUCCUAAUCAAGUGGUUGAGAAACAAGGGAUAUGACUACCGUGAUGCCGCCGACGGUCUUGAUGGUGUUCGUGUCUUCGAGUCGGACGGCCGUUUCGACGUCGUGCUUCUAGACCUAUCAAUGCCUGUGUUGGAUGGCGUUGGGGCUACUGCUCAGAUGCGCAAUAUUGAAGCCUCUCGGCGUAAAGGCAAUACAAAUGUGAAUGGGCGCGACGCGCAGGCCGCUCGCAUACUCGCACUUACUGGCAUGUCUUCUCUCGAAGACAAGCGCCGGGCUUUCGAAGCCGGCGUCGAUGGAUAUUUGGUCAAGCCAGUUGCUUUCAAAACCUUGGAUGGCAUGUUCCACAAGCUUGGAUUCUCAUGACAACCGUGACGAUCUCCAAGGUCACUUCUGUGAUGUUGGUCGAUACACUCAAUCUGCACAUUUCACCUUACUAUGCUCGACUUCUCAAUCCUCAUCUCGUUACAUUGGUACAUACACUACAUAUCCCAAUGCCUCUUUACGGACGUUAGACCACGCUCAUAUGGUAUCUCCCCAUCGUUUUCUAAAUUACUCGCAUUCUGCUUGAUCCUCACUUCAUUCCGGUCCAGUUUCCACUCUCUUGUCUGAUCACUUCCUCCUCGUUGUUUAUUACCCAGUGUAGCGUUCUAGCGUUUUGAUAUCUUGCACUAUAUGUACUGUUAUAUAAUGGACCUUUCGCUUUCAAACUUCCUGUAAACCAUGAGUGCAAUAAGCCAGCUCUCGCUUAGUGGCG